UUUAUGAUAUGCAGUUAUAAAAUGUCACUUGAUGCAUGAAAAACCUUAUAUUUUUUAUCUUUAUAUAAUAAAAUAUAUUUAUUAAAAUACUUAAUUUAUUAUAAUAAUAAUAAUAAUAAAUUAGUUAAAAUGUUUAAUAUUAUAGGUUGAUAUGCCAGCAUAUUAUAUUAUAAUAUAUAUAAUAAUAAUAUGUUUCAGAGACUAAACGUGACAAAAUUAAUUCAUCUAAAUAAUAUAAAAAUAAAUAAUAUAAAAAUAAAUAAUUUAAAUAUAAAUGAAUGAUUAGUAGGUAUAACUGAUAGUAAUGGAAUAUUUAAUAUUUAUAUUAAUAAUAAUAAUAAAAUUAUUUUUACAUAUAAAAUUUCAUUAAUAAUUAAUAAUAUUCAAUUAUUAUAUAAAAUUAAAAAUUAUUUAAAAAUUGGUUCUAUUAAUUAUACUAAUAAUAUAGUAAUAUAUCUAAUUAAUAAUAAUAAUGAUUUAUUAAAUAUUAUUUUACCUAUUUUUGAUAAAUAUAAAUUAUUAACAUCAAAAAGAUUUAAUUAUUUAUUAUUUAAAAAAUGUUUAUUAAUUAAUAAUAAUAAUAAUUUUAAUCAAUUAUUAAAAAUUAAUUUAAUUAAUAAUAUUAUUAAUAAUAAUAAUAAUAAUAAAUAUAAUAAUAAUUAUAUUUCUGAUUCAUGAUAUAAUAUUUAUAAAAAUUAUAAAAAUAUUAAUAUUAAUAAUAUAAAAAUAAUAAAUAAUAUAUUAGAAAAUAAUUUAUUAAUAAUUAAUAAAAUUAUAACUAAAUCAUGAUUAAUUGGUUAUAUAGAAACUAAAAGUUCAUUUAAAUUAAUUAAAAAAGAUAAUAAAAUUAUUCAUUAUUUUAAUAUUAAUAUAAUAAAAUUAGAUUAUAUUGUAAUAUAUAGUAUUAAAUUAUUAUUAAAUAUUAAUAUUAAUAUAAAUAAUUAUAAAUUAGAACUAUUUGAUAAUAAAAGUAUUGAAUAUAUUAUUAAUUAUUUAAAAUUUAAUAAUCAUAAAUCAAGAUUAUUAGGUAUAAAAAGUUAUGAAUAUCUAAUUUGAAAAAGAUCAUAUUAUAAAUAUAAAAAUAAUAAUAAAAAAUUAUUAAUUAUUAAAAUAUUAUUAGAUAAAAAUAUUUAG